AACGCACAGACAAACUGGAGGGAUAUUAAGCGCUGUAGGUUACAGUGGGUGACACUGUCAUAUAAGUGCCAGUUCCCAGUCCAGUUGAUGUGCAAGUGCUCCAAGAGGUAGUUUUGAGUUUAGAUAUGAAGGCAUAGAGGGAGGAUUCUCUCCGGAGAAAUUCAGGAAUGGCAUUCCAAAUAUAAGUUAUUCCAUCUAUAAUAUAUUUCCUCUAUAAUUUGCAUUCAUACACAGGAAGGAAGACUUGAAAAUGGCCUUAGAAAGUAAACAAAAUGUUUCCGGAUUCAUCAUCCAAGGUUUCUCUGAUGCCCCUGAGUUUCAAAUCCCUUUUUUUGUGCUAUUCCUUAUAAUCUAUCUCAUCAUUCUGUUGGGAAAUCUCAUCACAUUCUUAGUCAUUUCAUGGGAUCCUCACUUACACACCCCCAUGUACAUAUUCUUGCAGAACCUUUCAUUCAUAGACAUUUCUUUCACCUCAGCUAUUUUACCUAAUUUGAUACAUAUUCUUCUCACACAGCAAAAUAACAUUUCAUUCUUGGGGUGUAUGACUCAGAUGUAUGUUUUUGGGUUUUUGGCUAACAGUGAAUACUUACUCCUGACGGCCAUGUCAUAUGAUCGUUAUGUUGCCAUCUGUGAUCCCCUUCAUUACAUUACCCGAAUGAGCCGGAAACAUUGUGCUUGGCUUAUAACUGCCACAUUCACUGUUGGUUUUGGUGAAUCAAUCAACAUUGUUACACUUAUAUCUAAACUGUCAUAUUGUGCUUCCCAUCUUAUUAACCAUUUUUUCUGUGAUGUCACACCAUUGCUAACACUUUCCUGCAGCAGCACUUUUAUUGUGGAACUUUUAAUCUACAUUGAAGGGACAUUGCUGGCUUUCAAUUCCUUCCUCCUUACUCUGACCUCAUACAUAUUUAUCAUCUCUGCUAUCCUGAAAAUCCAAUCCUCAGAGGGGAGACAAAAAGCCUUUUCUACCUGUGCUUCUCACCUGAGCUGUGUGAUAAUCCUUUAUAUGACAAUUAUUUGCUUGUACAUGAGACCCACAAAAAGUUAUUCCCUAAAAAGGGACAAGUUUUUUUCACUGUUGUACAUUGUCCUGUGCCCUGUGCUUAAUCCUCUUAUUUACACAUUGAAAAAUAGAGAAUUUAAAUCUUCUUUUAAUAAAGUGAGGAAAAGAUUUGUAUCUUGUUUUUUUAACAAGCCAAUAAACCAUCAAUUCAAGUAG